AUGCCGAGCAUAGUGCUAAGACGAUGUCUGCAGGACACUAAUCGUGUUCUUCACAUGAUGGCGAAGUUGAACAGGAACUGUCUUGCCACUGCCUCUUGUCUAACCCAAGUCACCACCUCAAAGGUGUUGUACAUCGGGCUGGUGUCCGAACUGCAGCAGUUGUUCGUUGAUACAUGUCAUCAAGUAGUCGAGCCUUUCAAGCACUCCAUCGGCACGAUCACUCUCCUGACGAUGAACACUCGGUCAAUCGGAGAUCGGCCAGAACGACAGGACGAAGGCCAGCUUGCUUGUCGUUUCUUCACGGUGUUAACCGAUAAUCAAGAUCAUACAGAAAACUUCGACUUCUUUCUCUCGAUGAAGAUUGUCAAAGCUGGCGUUGGACCAUAUCUUCUCAUCCGUAAACAUCCGAUUCGGCUUGUAAGUUGUUCGAAAGGAUCGAUGCUUACCGCUAUAUUCGUGUUGACACCAAAUCCUCCAACUUCUCUUCUGUCGCAUGUUCAUAAGCACAGUUCUUCUCCAGUGCCAUACACGGCGUUCAGUGGUUGGCGUCGUUUCGACUCGGUCAGUCCGAUCACGUCAUAUCUAAACUUCAUGGCUUGCAUCAUCAGAUCCUCAACAGCCGUAGAAGUACCGAUCGUCAUCCUAGUGCUUUUCCAUUUGGGCACCCUACCUGGACCGACGUGCGGUAUACAGUGGCAUUAUGAGCAUCCUAUCCUGGCACAGCAGAAGCAGGGAGUGCAUCUCCUGAAUCCACCUGCGUCUCAGGACAAGUACAAGGUCGCUUUUAGUCAGCGAUUAACCCCUAUCCGUCACCUGGUGACCCAUGUAGCCUCGUGA